AUGCUGCAGCUAUUCUCUUUCACACAGUUCAAUUCCGGUGUUCAGCUUGUGUAUGUGAACUAUGUACUUGAAAUUCCAGAUAACAUGAAGGAUAGGACCAUUUACAUUGGCGCACUUGGAGCUUCCGUUUUGGCAGCUUAUCGUUGGUGGAAAUAUCUUCGCUCUUCAGAAAUGGUGCCAGUUGGCAUUAUCAGGGAGCUUUACGUAUAUCCUGUGAAAUCAUGCAAAGGAAUCAGUGUUCUCUCAUUUUACUGCGAUACUGAGGGAGCGGUGUCUGGGGAAAAUCGUGAUCGCCAAUUCGUCGUCAUUGAUGGGAAGAGUGGCAGAUUCUACAACAGUUCUGUAAAGCCGCUGAUGGUCACAAUUGAAUGUGAAGUUCAUGAUGGCGUUCUCAAUGUGAAGACAAGUGACGGAAGCACUUUAAGAGUGGACAUUGAUAAAGUUCGUCAGGAGAAGGUCAUCAGAAGAGCAACCUUCCAAUCAAACUUACUUGCUGACGGUCUCGACUGUGGCGAUGAAGCCGCUGAAUUCUUCUCUAAAGCACUGGAUGAACAAGAUGCACGGCUUUUAAUGUACUCUCCUGAUCUCUACAGCGAAAGGAUUUGUAUAACACAAGAAGACUGGUGGAACAACAAUACAGUGCCAAAGAGGAAGGAGAAGAGUGCUUUUGAGAACACGUCACCAUUGAUGAUAACGACACAGGGAUCUCUAGACGACCUGAAUUCGAAAUUGGAGAAAAAGGUAGACACACUUCAAUUUCGGCCUGUUAUGGUGAUAGAUGAAUGCCCAGCAUGGGAUGAAGAUAAAUGGUUGGAUUUACAAAUAGGCGAUGUCCGUUUGCAGUGCUUCAGACCAUGUUUCAGAUGCCUUGCAAUCACUGUCGAUCCAGAGACUGGUGUGAAAGAUAGCAAUGUGCAGCCAUUGAAAAAAUUGCGAGAGUUUCGUUUAGCUCCAGAAGGCAAGAUGCGCAAGUGUUUUAAAGAUUCACCAUUAUUUGGGGUGAAUGUUGGUGUCGAUCGACCGGGAUAUGUUUGUGUGGGACAAAUCGUUUACGCUCGAUAUAAAAAGUCCGCCUUCUGA